CUAAGCAUGUGCAAAAAUACUACAAGUCACGAUGUGGUCGAAGAAUUUGUUAAUUUGUGUUUAUUUCUACGUCACAUAUAAUUUGUUCUACACGUGUGUAAAUAGCAUCGAUGCACCCUAUAUACAUAUACCUGGAAAUGGUAUUAUAUCUGGGACAUAUCUGAAAAUGUAUCGAACUCAAAAUAUUAAAGCAUACUUGGGAAUUCGGUAUGCACAUGCUGCAAGAUUCUCUCCGCCCGACAUUGAAUUGCCGCCAUGGAAAGGCGUUUUCAAUGCAACCUCCUUCGCGCCCAGCUGUUGGCAAAAAGCGCGCGCCCCAACUAAUGCCCAGCUCGAUAAAGUAUUGGAUGUUCUUUCGGGAGAUAUGCCUAAUGAGAGUGGUGCAAAAAAAUACGAUGAGAACUGUUUGCAUUUGAAUGUUUAUGUACCUGACGGACUACCUGAAGUCGAUGGAUAUGCUGUAAUUGUUUGGAUUCAUUCCGGGAACUUUACAACGGGCAGCCCAAUUGACAUUGAGCCAUUUCAAUUGGUUUUUAAGCAGAAAGUUAUUGUUGUAACAUUUUCGUAUCGAUUAAAUAUAUUUGGCUUCUUUUCGACGGAAGACGGCGAAGCUCAAGGAAAUUUCGGAUUGAUGGACCAGUCGGCUGCACUAUAUUGGGUUAAGAAAAAUAUCAAUUAUUUCGGUGGUGACGAGAAUCGGAUCACAUUAAUGGGCCACGAUGCUGGUGCAAUUAGUGCGGCUUUGCAUAUGACGUCGGGGGAGUGGUCGAAGGGCGCGUUUCAUAAAGCAAUUAUAAUGUCUGGAAAUCCCCUCGUCCCUGUUCGAUUUCCCCAUGAAUUCAACAAUGAUUUGGAUAGGAUAUCAAAUAUUUUCGGAUGCGCUCGAAGACCAACGUCGCUAUUAAUUCAAUGUUUAAAGAGAAUCGAUGCAAAAAUAAUAACCGAGAAUCUGCCGUCUAUUCAGUGGGGCCCCAUUGUCGAUUAUGGACUAAGUAAUACGUCAUAUCCAUUUAUCGAAAACCAGCCGGAAAAUCUAUUCAAGAGUGGAACUUAUCACAAAGUGCCACUGAUUGUUGGCAUUACUGAUAUGGAGGAAGUUCUUACACUUUUAGAUGAGUAUAUUUCUACUGAGCUGACUACGGAGGAUAUCAAAAGCUUCUUUUCCGACAUUGCAGUAAAUGAUAUCUAUAAAGUAACCGGAAAUAACGAAUGGUGUACGAACUUCCCCAUCGUUUCUGAUGCUAUUAAUUUUAUGUAUUCCGAUGAAAACAGCGAGGAAGAAAUGAAAAUUAAUACAAAUAUAAUCAAUUCUCAUACUGAAAAAGCAUAUUUAACUCCAUUGGAAACGUUUAUAGACAUCGUCAGUAAGCAUCAGACUGUUUAUAGCUAUAUAUUUAAGUUUCGAUCCAAAACUCUAAGCUCUGAUCUACCGAAUUGGAUUGGAGUGCCGAAGUAUUUCGACCAGAUAUUCGUUUGGGGUAUUCCCUAUGUGGGCAAUGUUGUGGAGUGGAAGCCCACUGAUAAGAAAAUGGCAGACAUUGUUAUGACAUUGUGGGCGAAUUUUGCGAAAGCAUCGAAUCCUACAAAGGCCAAUGUUUAUGUGAAAUGGAGCGCAAUGGAGCCGCCCAGAUAUUCAUACUUGAUAGUUGAUGAAAGUUUCAAUACUGGUUAUCUCUCGGACAAUCGUCGCGUACAGUUUUGGAAAAAUUUGUAUCCGAAAAUUGUCAAUUUUGCAACAGAAUGCUGUAAUUCUACAAACGGAGGAACAACUAACUUAAUCCCUUACAUAAAUCACUUAGCUAUAUGUCUAUCAUGCCUUAUAUGCCUUGAUAUAUAUGUA